AAAAAGGAUAGGAAGACCAGCUGGGAUGGGGACGGUCUAAUGAGCAAUAGAGCUAGCUGAGACCUUUGAGCGAUCCUGACCAUCGGAUCUUAGGGCUACUUGGAAGCACAUCGUGCGGUUCUUUGGUGUUAGGGUUUUGUGCGAGCAUGAUGCUUAUGCCCUGUCCGACCAAAGUUACGGUCCUUUCUCUAGCAGCAGUCUCGAUUGCUCACGGAUUGCUGUCCGAAACCAGCAGGUUGUGUCUAAGAUUUUGUCAAGAAACGAGUCAACAUGAGCGCGGAAGUAGCUGCCGCACCGACGGUGCCCGAGUCUGUCCUCAAGAAGAGGAAGAGAGAUGAGCAGUGGGCUCUGUCCCGCAAGGAGCAGCAGGAUGCCUCCAAGAUUAAGAACCGUGAAAACCGUAAGGUCAUCUUCAAGAGGGCAGAUCAGUAUGUCAAGGAGUACCGUCAACAGGAAAACGACUUGAUCAGACUUAAGCGUGAGGCCAAGUUGAAGGGUGGCUUCUACGUUGAGGCUGAAGCUAAGCUUAUGUUCGUUGUCCGAAUUAGGGGUAUCAAUGACAUGCACCCAAAGACUCGCAAGAUCUUGCAAUUGCUUCGUCUGCGACAGAUCUUCAACGGUGUGUUCAUGAAGGUCAACAAAGCCACCAUGAACAUGCUCCGGAGAGUUGAACCCUACGUUACCUACGGGUACCCCAACCUGAAGAGCGUCCGUGAGCUCAUCUACAAGAGAGGAUAUGGAAAGUUAAACAAGGCCCGCACUCCCUUGACCGACAACUCCAUCAUCGAAGAGGCUUUGGGCAAGUUCGGAAUCAUCUGUAUUGAGGAUCUGAUCCACGAAAUCUACACUGUUGGUCCCCACUUCAAGGAAGCCAACAACUUUUUGUGGCCCUUCAAGCUGAGCGCCCCACUCGGCGGCCUUGAGAAGAAGAGGAACCACUACAUCGAGCACGGAGACGCAGGAAACAGAGAGGAUAAGCUCAACGCCCUCAUCCGCAGGAUGAACUAGGGCACCUAACUUAACCGACUUUUGAUCUCGAAUCGCGUUUUCUGCCUGUUGGCGGCUCUUGUUAUGAAAGUGUUCGCUAAUAAAGGUGUAUUAUUCUUGUCAUAUCUCUGGAACACUCCACUCAGGAGUAGUACACCUUACUGAGGUAGUGAAGAAUUAACCUCCACCCGUCAUUGAUACUCAGCUUGUUAGCAGCUGACGUGAGCUCAUCGAAAUGAGAGGUUCUGCCGUUAUCCUGUGUUGGCACUAAGGCCCAGACCUUCACCGGUAAAUGUGGCCUGAAAGCUAGCGAACCACCUUAUGUUGGAGGUGGUUCCAUUUCUUGGAAGUGAAUUCACGCACAGUAGUCGAUUUUCGAUGGUAUGCGGAAGAGUGACCCAUGUAAUAUUCGAAAUUUAAUGUUGAGAUCAGCUGAAUUUUAUCAGCACGGCC